AUGGCUAAUUUCUACAACAUUCACUACCUCUUCACCCUUAUCAUCUUGCUCAAUAUUUUCACAUCUACUAAUUCAUGGGAUGACCCUUUUUACCUAUACCAAUAUUGCUCAAGCAAUAGAACAGCAUCCAAUACUUCCUUUCAAUUUGACCUCACAACCCUCCUCUCUUCCUUAUCAUCCAAUGCUACAACCAACACACAAUUUUACAACACAACAUUCAUUGGAAACAACCCUUCUGACACAAUCUAUGGUAUGUUCUUAUGUAGGGGUGAUGUUCCCUCUCAACUUUGUCAACAAUGUAUAGUAAAUGCAACACAAAGACUUUCCUUAGAAUGUUCUUUGUCAAAAGAAGGUGUUGUUUGGUAUGAUGAAUGUAUGGUUUGGUAUUCCACAACCUUGGCAGCAACAUCAACUAGUUUUUACUUGUUGAAUACAAAUAAAGUCUCAAACACACAAAAUUUCAUGAGUUUAUUGUUUUCUACAAUGAACAAAACCUCAAAUGAAGCAGCUUUUGGUGACAAAAAAUAUGCAUCUAAUGAAAUAACUAUAUCAAAAUUUCAAACCCUUUAUUGUUUAGCUCAAUGCACACCAAAUUUGUCACCACAUGAUUGUAGAACUUGUCUAAGUGGAUUGAUAGAGAAACUUCCAUUGUGUUGUGAAGGAAGAGUUGGAGGGAGAGUUCUGAAUCCAAGUUGUAAUAUUAGGUAUGAAUUUUACCCUUUUUAUCUAUCCAAUAGUAUUGGUUCAUCAAUAGAUACUACAUCACAACAAAUUCUACUUCCACAAACAAAAACUUCAGAACACCCUUUUUACCUUUCACACAAUUGUUCAAGUAAUAACAAAACCUUCACUUUUAACAACACUUUCAAAGUUCACCUUACAACCCUUUUUUCUUACUUGUCUUCUAAUGCCACUAAAAGCAUAUUUCAUAAAGAUGAUGUGGAUGGUACAAUAUUUGGACUCUUCAUGUGUCGUGGUGAUGUUCCCUUUUACUUAUGUGAACAAUGUGUGCAAAAUGCAACACAUAAAAUAACCCAAAAGUGUAACAUUUUUCAAGAGGGUAUAAUAUGGUUUAAUCAAUGCAUGAUUAGAUAUUCCUAUUGGAAUUUCUUCUCUUUAGUGGACAAAAGUCAUGUGUAUCAUGAAAUGAAUGUUACUGGUGAUUCUAGUCCCAAAAAGGAGAGAAACUUGUAUAAUUUUGUAAUAUCAAAUGCCUUAUCAAAAGUGGCAAUUGUGGCUGGGGAUAGUGAUAAGAGAUAUGGAACAAAAUCAUUGAAAUUGAAUGAUUUGCAAACACUUUAUACACUUGGUCAGUGUACACAAGAUUUAUCAAGUGAUGAUUGCAAGGCUUGUUUGAGUGAUAUUAUUGGAAAUGCAAUUCCUUGGUCUUAUUUGGGAAGUGUAGGUGGAAGAGUUUUAUAUCCUAGUUGCAAUAUGAGGUUUGAAUUGUUCCAAUUUUACAAAGAAAUUGACCAAGGUAUCAUUAGUCAUUCUCCAAAAGAAAAAAGAAGAAACUUGCCACGAACAAUUACCUUGAUUGUUGUGCUCCCAAUUGUUUCAGUGAUACUCUUCUUUGUUGGCUGCUAUUUGCCAAAGAGAAAAGCAAGAAAGAGUUUUAGGGCUAUUCUCAGAGAAAAUUUUGGUCAUGAAGGUGCAACUUUAGAGCCAUUACAAUUUGACUGGGAUGUAAUUGAGGCAGCAACCAACCACUUUUCAAAUAAAAAUUUCAUUGGCAAAGGUGGAUUUGGAGAAGUUUACAAGGGCAUUCUUUUGGAUGGACGACAAAUAGCAGUAAAAAGACUUUCAAGAACCUCUACUCAAGGUGUAAAUGAGUUCAAGAAUGAAGUUUUGUUGAUCGCCAAGCUUCAACAUAGAAAUCUAGUCACAUUCAUCGGCUUUUGCCUUGAAGAAGAGGAGAAAAUACUUAUAUAUGAAUAUGUGCCGAACAAGAGUCUUGAUCACUUUUUAUUUGACUUUCAACGAACAAAAUUCUUAAGUUGGUUUGAACGUUACAAUAUUAUAAGAGGAAUUGCUCAAGGAAUUAUCUAUUUACAUGAACAUUCUCGACUCAAAGUUAUUCACCGUGACCUCAAACCUAGUAAUAUUUUAUUAGAUGAAAAUAUGAUUCCAAAAAUAUCAGAUUUUGGUCUUGCUAGAAUUGUUGAAUUAAACCAAGACAAAGGAAACACAAAUAGGAUCGUCGGAACAUUAGGUUAUAUAUCUCCAGAAUAUGCAAUGCUUGGACAAUUUUCGGAGAAAUCUGAUGUUUAUAGUUUUGGAGUCAUGAUUUUGGAAAUUAUUACUGGAAAGAAGAACAUAAGGUCUUAUGAAUCACAUGUUGGUGAUAGCCUCCUAAGUAAUGUUUGGAGACAAUGGAGUGAUCAAAUAACAUUAAGUAUAUUGGACCAAAAUAUUAAAGGAACUUAUUCUGAAUAUGAGGUCAUCAAAUGCAUUCAGAUUGGUUUAUUAUGUGUUCAACAGUUCCCUGAUGAUAGACCAACAAUGGUAACAAUUGUUUCAUAUCUUAACAAUGACUUCAAUGAAUUGCCAACUCCUCAAAAACCUGCAUUUUUGUUUCAUGGUCAAAUGGAUACAAAAGGGAUUCCACAAGAUUCAAGUUCUAGUCAGUCUAUCAAUACUUGCACACCUUUGACGUUCAACGACUUGUCUAUAACCGAAUUUCUUCCUCGUUAAUAUGUCAAUUUUCCUUUUGUUGUUAACCCGCUUAGGCUGGUCUGAUGGUGGCGGCUUCAUACCUUGAAGUGUGUUCCUCUUAAGAUCUCAAAUUCAAUUUUUGUUUUUGUUGCCGUCCUCUAGGAAUGUUGGAGGAAUCCUAGAAACCAGUGGCACGAUCCUUAUUUCAAAUGCAAUGAAUAAAAUGUUAUAGAAACUAAAGGUUUUCAAUCCUUAUAGAUAAUUGAUGAUUGCUUUGUAUAUAUUUUACAAAUAAAGUGACGUACA